ACCGUAACAGGAUGUAUCUAUGAUCUAAAGUGGCGAUGCGGCAAAUAGGGACCCUGUCUUUGACACGGUUCUAUAACAUAGCAUUUAGGCAGCCACGGCAUUUCUCAAGUAACGCCAAAUUCGGCCCAUUAGGGAAUGAUUGGUGGGAUAUAGACGGCCCAGUUAGUGUUCUGCACGAUUAUAACUACGUACGUGUGCCAUUCAUAGCACGGUCAUAUGCUAACCUGAACGGUCAAGAAGAUAACCAUACAAAUGUACCGCAACUAGGAACUUUCAUAUGGGAUUGUAUAUUUAAAGAAGCUGAAAAGCGUUCAAAAGUACAUCUAUCAAGUAUACUUAACGGUGUACGUAUACUAGACGUAGGUUGCGGUGGAGGUAUACUUAGCGAGAUACUGGCAAAGUGCGGUGCACAUGUAGUAGGCAUAGAUCCGUCCAAAGAGCUUAUAGAAGUUGCCAAACAGCAUAGGGAUACGGAUCUAGUAUACGACUGCGCAAAGCUAGGGUUAUCUGACGAGUGCUCAAGGAACUUGGAGUAUAUACAAGGUACUGUGGAAUCCUAUGCACAGAGUCACCACAAGGAACUAUUUGAUAUUGUAGUGGCUUCCGAAGUUAUAGAGCAUGUGCCAAAUAUACAAAAACAAGCAUUCAUCGACUCCAUUGCAAGACUAACGAAACCCGGUGGUCUAGUUGUGUUCACCACACCGGGCAGGUCGUUGAAGUCCUGUGUAAUCAACAUCGGGUUCGCAGAAAGAGUAUUCAAAACCGUGCCCAAAGAUACACACAGGUACACCCUAUUCGUCAGCCCCGAGAGCCUGUCACGUUCCUGCGCCAAUAGCGGUCUGUCAGAAUUGUGCCGUCAGGGUAUAUUUUACCUGCCAUAUAUCAGACGAUUCGUGCACGUUAACACGUGCGAUAUCCUGUACAUGAUAGCAUACAAAAGGGAUAUCUAAAAUGACGCAAAUCGCCCACUUGUCGAAGGAACGGCCGGGAGAGGCCUUUGAAGCAUUCCGCCACUCAC